UUGGCGAAGGAGUUGGUGCAUAUCCUACCAAGAGAAAUCCUUUAAUUCAACCGAAGUUAAAUACGCUUGAAGGGCAUGACUCUAGACGUAGAAGUAGCAUCGGGAUAAUACCUGAAACUGUCGAGGACCUGCAGCAGAAUCCAGGGAUUAGUGAUCUGGAUAUCUUCAAGUACGAAGAAAUGAAAUUGGCUACGAAGCACUUUCGAAGGGAUCAGGUUCUCGGAGAGGGUGGAUUUGGCAUCGUCUACAAGGGAGUUAUAGAUGAACAAGUCAGGCCGGGAUACAAGACCACUUACGUUGCCAUUAAGGAGCUUGAUCCGGAAGGUCUUCAGGGCGAUAGAGAAUGGCUGGCGGAGAUGAACUAUUUGGGGCAGCUUCGACAUCCAAAUCUGGUGAAGCUUAUCGGAUAUUGCUGUGAGGACGAACAUAGACUGUUGGUUUAUGAGUAUAUGGCAUCUGGCAGCCUGGAGAAGCACCUUUUUCCAAGAAUGUGUGCUACUCUAACAUGGUCGAGGAGGAUGAAAGUUGCGUUGGAUGCUGCUAGAGGUCUUGCUUUUCUUCACGGAGCAGAAAUGCCAGUAAUAUAUAGGGACUUCAAGACCUCAAACAUUUUGUUAGACGCGGACUUCAAUGCAAAGCUUUCCGACUUUGGACUGGCAAAAGAUGGGCCAAUCGGAGAUCAGACUCACGUAUCAACUCGUGUUCUGGGUACUUAUGGUUACGCCGCUCCAGAAUAUGUCAUGACUGGACAUUUGACAGCAAGAAGCGACGUCUAUGCUUUUGGUGUUGUUUUGCUUGAGAUGCUCAUCGGAAGGAGAGCAAUCGACAAGACUAGGCCAAGCCGGGAAUACAACCUUGUAGAGUGGGCACGUCCGCUCCUGACUCAUGACAAGAAACUCUUUAAGAUACUCGACCCUAGACUCGAAGGACAGUACUCCUCCAAAAUCAUCGUAAAGGUUGCUAGUCUUGCCUAUCAAUGCCUUAGCCAAAACCCAAAAGGGAGGCCUCUUAUGAGUCAAGUAGUUGAAAUUCUUGAAGCCCUUCAACCACAAGGCAAAGAUAUGAUUUCUCUAUAAUAGUCGUCCUCUAUAACAACAUUUUACUGUAACAACAAUGUCUUUUUAUGGAACCGAUCUUUCAUGUUAUGUUAUAUUAUAUGUUACGCACGGCAUGUGGAACAAACGACGUUGUUAUAGAGAUGUUUGUUUGACUACACAUAUUGUUACUUUUCUCAUUCCUUCAUCUAAGGGAUUGUAAUCUUGGAAGACAUAAUGUCAUGUAUCUAUUUUAGUUUCUUGUCUA